ACCCCCCCACCCACAUCCUCUUCUUCAUCAUCGUCUUCUCGGACAAUCGCAGCAAAGUUCACAGGCUCAACCAAGCAAUCAAUCAAGGAAAGCGUCGAAGUUGGUCAGUUCUUGGAUUUCUUGCAUUGUGACUGACUGAUCAUGGCUUCGUCGAAUUCCUGGAAGUCGUCUCUGUUCUGCUGCGUGGGAGGCGGCGGCGGCGCCAUGGCGGGCGACGAGGAAGGUCCGUCGCCGUCGUCGACGCCGAGGCAGAGGAGAGGGCACCGGAGGACGCUGCUGUCGUCGGCGGCUUCGUCGGCGUCGGCGUCGAGGCUGUCGCUGUCGAGCCUGGGGUCCACGGGCACGCUGACGCCGGAGGACCUGUCAGUGACGCUGUCCGGGUCCAACCUGCACGCCUUCACCUACGCCGAGCUCAGGGCCGUCACCGGCGGCUUCUCCCGUGCCAACUACCUGGGCUGCGGCGGGUUCGGGCCGGUCUACAAGGGCCGCGUCAGCGACGAGCUCCGGCCCGGCCUGCAGGCCCAGCCCGUCGCCGUCAAGUACCUCGACCUCGACUGCAGCACGCAGGGCCAUAAGGAGUGGCUGGCGGAGGUGUUCUUCCUGGGGCAGCUGAGGCACAAGAACCUGGUGAAGCUCAUCGGGUACUGCUACGAGGACGAGCACCGGAUGCUGGUGUACGAGUACAUGGGCAACGGGAGCCUGGAGAAGCACCUCUUCAAGAGCCUCGACGGAUCCAUGCCGUGGAUCACGAGGAUGAGGAUCGCCGUCGGCGCCGCCAAGGGGCUCGCCUUCCUCCACGACGCCGACACGCCCGUCAUCUUCCGUGACUUCAAGGCCUCCAACAUCUUGCUCGAUGAGGACUAUAACUCCAAGCUCUCCGACUUCGGCCUUGCUAAGGACGGGCCGCAAGGGGAUGCGACCCAUGUCACGACACGUAUCAUGGGAACACAUGGCUAUGCGGCACCUGAGUACAUCAUGACUGGACAUCUUACUGCUAAGAGCGAUGUAUACAGUUUUGGGGUGGUGCUCCUCGAGCUCCUAUCGGGUCGGCGGUCUAUAGAUCGAGCUCGGCGUUCAAGGGAGCAAAGUUUGGUGGACUAUGCAAGACCGUACCUUAAGAAGCCCGAAAAGCUGUACCGGAUCAUGGACCCGGCUUUGGAAGGUCAAUACUCAUGCAAAGGGGCCGAACAGGCCGCACAGGUAGCCUACAAGUGUUUAAGCCAGAACUCAAAAUCCAGGCCUACCAUGAGGGAGGUGGUUAAGUCACUGGAACCCAUACUCGACAUGGACGACUACCUACAGGUCGGGCCAUUUGUGUUCACGGUAGUAGUGGAAGAUGUCAACAAGAACAAUGAGAGCAAAACUAAACUCAUUGACGGUGAAAGGAAGGUUGACGUGAGGGUUGAGACGGCGAUGGAGGAAAAGCACCAAAGCCACCAAGAUCGGUAUCGACAGAAGUUUCCAAACUCGGCUAUCCAUGCCAACAUCGUGCUACAUCGGGAUGGUGCCAUCGGGUCAUACACCGCUGCGCUAAGGCGGCACCGAAGGGCAUCAAGCUAUAGUGAGGAGAGGGGAGCGUAGGUUGAUCAUUACGGAGCAUAGGUAGGAAAGCAAUACAAAAUGAUAGCAAGAUAUAAAGUUGUAUAUAAGUAUAGUAGAUCUAGAGUGAUGUGAUACAAGUAAAGAUCACCACACUGGUUUAGAUGAGAGUUUUUUGUAACAAUUGUUGAGAAAGUUAUUAUUUUUUCUUUCAAAAUCGGGAUCAAUGUUAGCCUAGACAAUUGACGAUUAAUUCAGUUUCUCUUUUUAUUA